GUGCACUACCCCUCCCUGCUGUCUGCCGGAUAUCCGCAGUAGAAGAAGAACUCAGAGCUACUGGCUAAUGCUGCUAACUGCUAACAAGGAAGCAGCACAGCGUGCGAUCUGUUACUAUUAAAUAUAGGAAAGAAGACACCCUGACUUGUCUUAAAAGGAAUUGGAGGCGGAUGGACUAAGUUUCGGAUUGGAACUAGGAUUAGGAUAAGGACCACUUCCACAGCUAUUUGUGAAAGCAAGAAGUGAUCUUAAAGUCUGCAGGUGCCACCCCUUCUGUGUCAGCAGUGCCACUCACUCAACCACCAUGUCAGAUGGCCGGAUCUAUGUGGGGAAUCUUCCUGUGGAUGUCCAGGAGAGAGACAUUGAGGAUCUCUUCUACAAAUAUGGAAAAAUCCGUGACAUUGAGUUGAAGAACAAUAGAGGCACUAUCCCUUUUGCCUUCGUCCGAUUUGAAGACCCACGGGAUGCAGAUGAUGCCGUCUAUGGAAGGAAUGGAUAUGGAUAUGGAGACUCCAAGCUGCGUGUGGAGUAUCCGCGAUCCUCUGGUGCUAAAUUUGGUCAGAUGGGAGGUGGUGGUGGAGGAGAAAGAGGAGGAGGAGGAGAAAGAGGAGGAGGAGGAGGAGGAGAAAGAGGAGGAGGAGGACCCAGGGGAAGAUUUGGACCCCCGACUCGAAGAUCUGAAUUCCGGGUCAUAGUGUCUGGGUUACCACCAACCGGGAGCUGGCAGGAUCUGAAGGAUCACAUGCGCGAGGCGGGAGACGUCUGUUUUGCAGACGUGCAGCGUGACGGAGAGGGCGUGGUGGAGUUUCUCCGUAGAGAGGACAUGGAGUACGCAUUGCGCAGACUGGAUCGGACCGAGUUCCGUUCACACCAAGGCGAGACCGCUUACAUCCGCGUCUACGAGGAGAGGGGCACUCCCAACUUUAAUCGGUCGCGUUCCCGCUCCAGAUCCAGAGGUCGCUAUUCACCUCCCUUCCAUAACAGAGGGUCUCCCCCACCACGCUACCAGUCGCCUCCACGCAUGUCGCGCCAUAGUCCACCCCCCAGGAGGCACCCUCCACAGCACCAUAGCCCACCGCCGCGUCAUUACCGGUAGAAAGGCGUGCCAUUUCUAGAGGAAUUGGGGGGAAAAUGUUUUGUAAUUCUACUUUUUUUUUUAACCCCCAGGCCUCCUCAUACAUCGUUAUUUCUUGCUAUAUACAUUCCAUGUUCAUAAUCACCUGAACACCUGCUCCUCCCCACAGCCUUAAAGAUUUUGUCUUUGUUCUGUAAACACCCAUAAGUUUUGUUUUUUUUUCUCAGCGAGGUAAUUGUAUUUGAUUAUCAUAUAACAUAUUGGAAGUUUCUUUUAUAAAGAAAUCCUGGGUUGUGAUGAUGUCAAACCCUCACAGGAAUGGUCAUGUUUAUUGUCCAAAACAAAAAUUUCACAAUUUCUGCAGCUAUCAUGCUAACGGUCACACUGCUUCUUAAAUUCUUGACAAUAUUUUUUCCUUAUUGUUUGUCGCAUUUCUGUAGCUUUUUAAGUAUGAAGUUUUUGCCAAUCUAAGAACCUGUGAAGCGAAUCAUUAUCCUACUCUUGAUUCAAAACACGUAAAAUUAGUGAGCCUUUUAGAGUAGUGACACAUGUCGACUAUGAGCCUCACCUGAUUCUUUUUUUUUAAUGUGUGAACCUCUGACCGAGGUGGCCUGUAGGUGGACUAUGAUUUUUAUGCAUCUCUUAUGUUGUUUUUUGUUUUUUGUUUAGCAAUAAAAUGCUAACUUUUA